CAUCAGAAUCAGACUAAUUUCUUGAAGAUUUGAUCUUUGCAUCGCACACAAUGACUUCUACACCAUCUCACGUUGACUGGACAUCUUCACUCGACAAGUACGAAAAAGGCUUUGAGAGUAUCUUUAUCGGCGAACCAGCAACCACCCGAGCCGACCUUGAAGGCCUCUUCACUCCAGACUACACAUCGGUUGUUGAUGGGAAGAAUAUCGACUUUCGGGAGUUCGUCGAACAUAUUCAACAUCUACGCCAAGUUACAACAGCUAUUAAAGUCCAAGUGACGCACUUCCUUCGCGAAGGUAACCAACUUGCCGAGCGCCAUUUUGUUACAGCCGAAUUUUCCAACAAACCUCCAUCUAAAUAUGAAGUCUUUCUCUUCGCGACUGUUGAUGGAAGUGGAAGGAUCGAGAGAUUGGUGGAGACACUGAGACAGACGGAUGGGUUGGAGGAGCAUAAGGAUCUGGGCAGCGCCAGGGCUUGAGAUACAAAGCAAGGGCAUCACAUAGAAAGCAUUCAGGU